AUGGGAGAGAGUGCCAAAACGAAAAUUAAAAGAAUAAUGGAAUCGCCCUAUAGCAUCGAACUACAAUCACUAGAUCAAGCGAAAAGCAACGUGUUGCUGAGAAAUCUGUUAGGAAUUAUUAGGUCCGAUAAAUCUCUGAAUAUUUUUUUAUUUAACCAUGAUGAAAUUAUGGACAGUAUGGACCAUGACCACCUGAGAGCUAUUAUACUAAUCAGGACAAACGAGUACGAAAAAUUUUAUAAGCACAUCCCUAUCAUAGCAUCCUUGAAGAAGAUUCCGUUCGUAUUGAUUGAACGCAACUAUUUUAACACAAUCGAGUUUAACAUUUUACCUGACACAAGUCAUAUAGGAAUAAGAAAUUUGCAGAAGGAAAAUGAUAAUUUUUCUUCAAUUCAUGAUCAAGUAGACAAAUUAAUCCUUUUAAUUAAUUCCUAUUAUGUUUCAUUGGACAUUCCGUAUUUGUUUAGUCACCCUUCUUAUGUGAACACAAAAUUUAAAGUUGAAAGGGUACAUGGGAAAGCAUAUGCCAAGAACUUAUCGCGAAAAGAAAGAAAGAAAAUUAGAAAAUCAUUGAAGAAAAAUAAUAUAUGA